AUGUUAGGCUUUAUUCAAAUUCCAUUAUUUAAAGGUAAAAAACUCGAUGUUACUGUUAAUAGAGCUGUCAUUUGGGGGAUGUCAAGUGUUGGCAUUUUAGUAAUAUUAAUGUCUAAAUUUUAUUUCCAAAACUCAUCAGUUCGUCGAAGAUUUGUUGAACAUGAUCCUGAAUUUGAAAAGAUACAUCCAGUUCAUCGAAUGUUUCAUCCUGAAAAUCCAAUUACUGAUUUAAGUAAAAAGUAA